CAGUGAUGCCAACGCAACUCUUGGUAGUUCGUAUUGUUUUCCGCACUAUCGCAUCAAGUUUCGCUGUCAUCUGCUGCCGUGGUAGCUAUAUUGUCAGAGUAAUGACCACUUCCGGGGAUGUGAAGGACAACAGCCUGAGAACUAACGAACAACUCAUCGAAGUCGCAAUUGCAAUAUGCUUACCAGAACAGGAGCUUGGCGCUUUCACACCAGCACAGGGAAUUUAUGUCUAACUCCAUAAGCCAACUUUGAGAAUGGUAACUAUUUGAUGUUGAGGUCGCCGUCGCAGCACAUUUACGGAAAAGUUCGAAGUGGAAUUCAGUUUGUUGGAGUGGAAAAGUUUAUUUUGCCCCUCCUUGAAUAUCUCAAGGACCGUGCAACAAUCGAGGACCGGCUUUCUGGGAGCAACCUAGGUACUGCGACAGCCUGGUUCCUUACAUAAUCACGAACAAUGAUGUCAUUUCUACUAUAAAGCCUAUUGACUUCCAAUUCCACUCCACCAUAUCAU